AGGCAGCAGCAAUGUGAUAUAAAUAGAGUACCAGAAUGGGACAAAGUUUGAGAAGAAAGCAUGACAUCAUUCAGACUUGCUCUCCACCCAAAAAGAUCUGGGAUGGAGGUGCAAACGUGAGCUGGACAAGCAAGGAGACAGCAACUAUUCUCAUCUGAGUUUCUGAGGAAAUAAGGAGAGUUAUAUACCCUGCGUGCUGUAAGGAAGUGCAUUUUCUUGCUAGCAAAACUAAAACUGGCUUCAGACCUCUGACAACGUGAAAGUAAUUGGACGGAAAAGACAGCCAUAGGAAGAAAGUUGAAAACAAGAUCUUUUCUUUUUGGCAGAGAUUGUAACAAAUAUUUGACUUCUUUCUAUGAAGCACUACAGCUUUUGGAUCUGAUGCACAUUUCUUUUAAUUUUCCUUCAACCACAGCAAUUUAUUUAUAGUUAAAUGAAGAGAUCAAAGUGUGAAGCAAACAAGUACUACUUAAAACGUCUGCAAGGAUAUUUUGUCAUCACUGAAGGAACAGACUUGUUGAACUUGCAUGGAAAAUGUCUCUUUUAAUACAAAAAGGAGCAAAAGAAAACUUAUGAUUGAAAUCUUACAGGCAUUUGUUUUCAUUUGUACUUUUAACCUUAUAUAGACCAUGGAGAAUUUGUUAUCUCUGCUCUGUUGUCAUUAUUCUUUGCUGAUUUUAUUUCAGUACAAAUAUCAGGUGUGUGGAAACUAUUCCCAGCUACCCAAACAUCCAGGGUUCAAAGUUCUCGCAUCAGCUUCCCAUUACUGGCCACUGGAAGAUGUGGAUGGAAUUCAUGAGUUUCGGGAUACAAAUGGAGCUCUAAGAAUCCACAACUUCACUGUGCUUCCUUCCCAUAAUUCUACCUUUGUAUAUACCAAUGACUCUGCCUACUCUAACUUCUCUGCAACUGUAGAUAUUGUAGAAGGAAUGGUGAAUAAAGGAAUUUAUGUCACUGAAAAGAAAGGAGUUACCUUUCUCUUCUUUGGAAGCUAUCAAAAUUCUUGCAUUAGUAAUCCAGAAGUCUGUGGACCUGAAGGAGUAACAUUUUCCUUUUUCUGGAAGACUCAGGACCAGCAGGCUAAGUUUCUCCCUGCCUCUGGUGGACAAGUGAUUUCCAGUGGUUUCAAAAUCUGUUCAAAUGAAGGUGAAGGCUCAGUGGAAUUUUACACCCGUGGGAAUGCAAUGAUGAAGUGGAAAGCAAGCUUUAGUCCACCAGGUCCUUAUUGGACUCAUAUUCUCUUUACUUGGAAAUCAAAAGAAGGACUGAAAGUCUAUGUCAAUGGAACUCUAAACACAACUGAUCCAGAUGGGAAAGUUUUCUAUGAUUAUGGAGACCCCAGUGCAAAUCUACUGACUGGGGCAGAGGGGGAUCAAUCUAAGCGCUAUGUGAAUGGGGCAUUUGAUGAAUUCAUUAUAUGGGAAAGGGCACUCACCCCCAGUGAAAUUAAGCAGUACUUUACAGCUGCUAUUGGUGUGCAAGUUUUGAUUUCUUCAACACUUCCAUGGUCUGUGAUGACAACUACUACAAAACCUGUGCUCUCUACAAAUGCCUAUCGUCCCAUCAUAACUAAUCUGACCGAGGAAAGAGGGAACUUCCGCUCCCCCGAUGCCAUGCUGGGCUACCUGGAGAACAUAUCCUUCAGCUUGCCCAACAAAUCCCUGUCAGAAAAUACUGCCCUAAGCCUGACAGAGGCAUUUUUAAAAGCUAUUGAAGACUUCUUGUUAUUGCCCAACUGGAUUGAUGUACCAGAGACUACUCACAUAUUUGGAAGUGUAAUUCAAACUAUUGACAGUGUGAUGGCUCAUAUGACGCGCAAUCUGGAUGAAAACUCGUUACCUUUAAAUGUCGAGGGCACGUCAUCUGUGGCAGAUUACACCUUGGUCAAAAUGCAUCCUCAGACUCUGAAUUUGUCCCACUAUCGAUUUCCAUCUCGAGGACAGAGUUAUAUUUCCAUUCCCAGUGAAGCUUUUCAUGAAAAAGCUUGGAUUACCAUUGUGGGCCUGCUUUACCAUAAUAUGCAUUAUUUCUUUCAUAAUAUCAACCCUAUGGAUACCAAGAUUGCUGAAGCUACUGCCUACAAAGGUUAUAUGAUCUCAGCAACCAGUUACCUUAUCUCUAUCAAAGUGGAACCUCUACCCAAGCUGUCCCACAAUCUGUCAGGAUCUCCUCUUAUUACCAUCCAGCUCACUCACAAAUUGACGCCCAGACAGUACAGCCAAGCACUAAAUGAGAGUAACAGAGUUAAUCUUUAUUGUGCAUUUCUGGACUACAGCAAUGGAACUGGUGUUUGGUCUAACGAAGGCUGUGUGCGUAAGACUGGGGACCUCAACUACUCAGUGUGUCUCUGUAACCACCUCACUAACUUCGCCAUUCUGAUGCAAGUGGUGCCUCUGAAGCUAACGAGAGAACACCAGGUGGCCCUCUCCUCCAUCACUUACAUUGGCUGCUCUCUGUCCAUCUUCUGCUUGACGAUCACGCUGGUCACAUUUGCUAUAUUGUCGUCUGUUAGCACCAUCCGAAACCAGCGUUAUCAUAUCCAUGCCAACCUGUCCUUUGCUGUCUUGGUGGCUCAGAUCCUGCUUCUCACCAGCUUUCAAUUCAGCCCUGGGACGGUGCCUUGCAAGAUCUUGGCUAUUCUCCUACAUUUUUUCUUCCUGAGUGCCUUUGCCUGGAUGCUUGUGGAAGGAUUUCAUCUUUACAGUAUGGUGAUCAAAGUAUUUGGGUCAGAAGAGAGCAAGCACUUAUAUUAUUAUGGAAUUGGAUGGGGCUGCCCACUGGUGAUUUGUGUAAUUUCUACAACAUCAUCCCUGGAAAGCUAUGGAGAAAGUGGCAACUGCUGGCUUUCACUGGAGAAUGGAGCAAUCUGGGCUUUUGUGGCACCAGCGCUGCUUGUAAUUCUGGUCAACAUUGGUAUUCUCAUUGCUGUCACAAGAGUUAUCUCAAGAAUCAGUGCAGACAACUAUAAGGUCCAUGGAGAUGCCAAUGCCUUCAAACUAACAGCUAAAGCUGUUGCUGUUCUCUUGCCAAUCUUGGGAAGCUCAUGGAUCUUUGGGAUUUUGGCUGUCAAUGCCCAUGCAUUAGUAUUUCAGUAUAUAUUUGCAGUUUUCAAUUCAUUACAAGGAUUUUUCAUGUUCCUGUUUCACUGUCUUCUGAAUUCAGAGGUCAGAGCUGCCUUUAAGCACAAAACCAAAGUCUGGUCCCUUACCAGUAGUUCAACUCGCAACAUCAAUGUGAAACCCUUCAAUUCAGACAUUAUGACUGGGAACAGGCCAGGCACAACCCCCACAAAGCUGAACACCUGGGAUAAAAGCACCAAUUCAGCCAACCGCAUUGAUUUAUCAGCGGUCUGACAGGAGCACCAGCUUCUCCGUGAAAAAACAAGCCAUACAUUCAGGACCCCUGACACAAUGUCCACCAGGUUUUUUCUCACUCUUAAUACCAGUAAAAAAACUGCUUUUUAAUCACUGCCUAAUACAUUGGAAAUGGUCGUAUUGUUGAGUAAAUAGCCCUCAUCUGCUUGCCUUUGAAACUGUAACACAUUCCAGCACUGGGCUAUUAGCAAUACCUGUACAAAUAACUAGCACAAAUAUACACUGGAUGGUUUUGUCAGCAAUGAUGAAAACACUAGGUAUGCAAAAAAGAGCUUAUUGCUAUCUGAAUCAUUCCAGCUCCCAGAACUGAGGAAGGGCGACAUACCUCUAGAAAGGUAGAUUUUUAUGCUCUAAAAUGAAAUGCUUCCCAUUGUGAUGGUGUAAUGGGGCUAUUCUGGUCUUGCUGUGCACGCUCUGUUUACAUUUAUUACCUAAAAGAAUCCAAUUAUCAAAGUGAAGCUUAUUCAA